UAAAAGGGAAAGCAGGGAGUAUUAAGAACAGAACAGCGAGCAAGAUACCGUAGCUGUGAACGAUUUCAGGUUCGUCCGCUUUCGCAGAAAAUGGGUAAUAACAGACAAAGGAAAUUCAGAACUCAUCGCGCUCAAUCAAGUCGACGCCACCAACACUCACUAGAGGACGAUUCUCAAAGCUCUGUUACAGAAGCUGGUGAGGGUGAAGAGGAGGUGGAGCUCACGGAACCUAAAAUAAAGCUUGCAAUGUGGGAUUUCGGGCAAUGCGAUGCCAAACGUUGCACAGGACGCAAGCUUUCCAGACUGGGCUUGCUAAAAGAGUUACGUGUGAGUAAUGGUUUUGGGGGCAUUGUUUUAAGUCCUGUUGGAAAUCAAUGUGUGUCAAGAGAAGAUCACUCUUUAAUCCAAAAGAAAGGAUUGGCUGUUGUGGAUUGUUCAUGGGCACGCUUAGAUGAAGUGCCUUUCGUGAGGCUGCGCUGUACUGCUCCUCGCCUCUUGCCAUGGCUUGUAGCAGCAAAUCCAGUAAAUUAUGGUCGGCCAUGUCAGCUGUCUUGUGUAGAGGCAUUAUCUGCUGCUUUGACAAUAUGUGGGGAAGAAGAAACAGCAAAUUUAUUGCUUGGCAAGUUCAAAUGGGGUCACGCUUUUAUGUCUCUUAAUGGGGAAUUACUGAAGGCCUACUCCAAUUGCCAAAAUAGCGCUGAUAUUAUUUCUGUUCAAAAUGCAUGGCUGUCUCAGGAGAGUCAGAUUCGAAGGGCUCCUACUGAUAAUGAAGUUGCGACACUUGAAAGUGAGGAUAAAAUUCAAAACUCUUCCGAUUCUGAAGAUGGGCUUCCGCCUCUUGAAAAGAACAUGAAUCAUUUGCACAUAGUCAAUAGCGAUGAGGAGAGUGAGUAAACGAGUCUUAAAUAUCUAGCGCAAGAUAUUUUCUCAAGCCAAAGUAAUUUGGAGAUGUUAGUAAUGCAUAAUUGCUUAGUGGCAAAGCUUUUUCGGUUAACAAAGAUGUGUAUUAUUAUCAUCGGGUGGCGCAUAGUUCCUAAUUCUAUCUUCUAUUUCCAUUUAUAAAAUAUUUAAAUAGGAACACGUUAUCGAGUUUUAGCAGGUAGUAAGGUAUACAUUUUCUCAUUAGGUUCUGAAUGUGUGAUUUUUCAUCAUCGUAGUUUCUAGUGUGCAGGCUGCAAGAGUUCUAUCCUGCUGCUCUAAAUUUUACAACAGAAAUAAAAAUUGAAAAUACAUUAGUAUU